UUCGCACGCCCAUAAAUUACUUGUUCAAAAUGUUUGGGCGUGAAAUAAAUAAUUUGCUCAAAGUUAGGAUAGUCCAAACUGGAAAAAAAUAACUUUCUUUGAUAACGUCCUCUGUCAUUGAAUUAUAAAAUUGUUUUCCUGUUCAAUCGAACCUUGAUCAUGUUACAUCAAUUUUGCUUAUGUUUUCUAACCACUUUCAUGUUUGCUUAUACCUGUACCGAUCAAUAAAGUUCUAUUGGCAGAUUAUUUUGAUCUGAUUUUCCUCAUCUUUCUUUCAUUCGAGUAGUUGGCGUCUUAACUUUCAUUUCAAAUUCCAAUUGUAUCUUCGAAAUAUGACUGAAGAAACCGGCAGAAAAGUUUUGCUACCAGUUGACUUAAGUGACAAUGCCAUGCGUGCAGUCCAGUGGUACUUCAAGUACGGCAAGCUGCCAAAUGAUGACGUAAUAUUAUUCCACAGUGUGGAUACUUCAACUAUAAUUCCGGGUACUGAUUUCACGUGGGCGGAGCCUCUGCCGGUGGAAGCGGUGGAAACUAAUCUAAAAAAUAAGGAAAAGGAAGCGAAGGAAUUGAAGAUAAAGUGUGAAAAUGUGCUGAAAGAAGCAGCAGUAAAAGGAGAGUACGUCGACGCAAUUGCCAAUCAUGCAGGUGAAGCGAUAGUAGAAUAUUGUACGAAACAUAAAGUGGACUACAUAAUCAUGGGCAACAGAGGCAUGGGGGCCAUAAGAAGGACAUUCAUGGGCAGCGUCAGCGACUAUGUCCUCCACCAUGCCCGUAUUCCAAUCACUAUCAUACCCCCUCCGCUUCAGUGACCCAAUACAAGCGAACCCUGAUCAUGGCUAAUAUAUUCACAUAGAUUUGGAUUGGAGAUGAACUCCAAAUGUUAACUGCAUUGAAUUGUUUCGAAAUUAUAUUUAACCUA